ACUCAACAAGCAAUGAACAGGCGUUUUAAGAAGUUGUAUUCGCGUCCACAUCUGUUUCUGCUCACUUAGCACCCAUUGUCUCAUUUUCCAUUACACAUCUGUCAAACCAGCUGUCAUGGUGUCACACAAGGAGUUUGAGACUGCAGGGAAGGAGAAAGGGCUGCAGGUGUGGCGUAUUGAGAACAUGGACCUGAAGCCUGUCCCCAAGGCCCUGCACGGCAACUUCUACACAGGAGAUGCCUAUCUGCUCCUCUACACAACUGCAGCUCCCUCCUACUACAUACACAUGUGGAUGGGGGAUGAGUGUUCUCAGGAUGAGAGAGGAGCGGCGGCCAUCUUUGCCACCCAGCUGGAUGACUUCCUGGGCGGAGGGCCGGUCCAGUUCAGAGAGGUCCAGAACAACGAGUCCAUCACCUUCUUGGGCUACUUUAAGUCUGGCAUCAAAUACAAGCAAGGGGGCGUGGCUUCAGGCUUCCAGCACGUUGUGACCAAUGACAUGAGUGUGAAGCGCUUGUUGCACAUCAAGGGGAGGCGGACCAUCCGGGCCACGGAGGUGGUACUGUCCUGGGCUAGCUUCAACCAGGGAGACUGCUUUAUCGUGGACCUGGGCAAGGAUAUCUACCAGUGGUGUGGCAGUGAGAGUAACCGCUUCGAGAGACUGAAGGCCUCCCAGGUGGCCAUCGACAUCAGGGACAACGAGAGGAACGGCAGGGCCAAGCUCCACAUGGUGGAGGAUGGUGCUGAGCCACAGGAACUCACUGAGGCUCUGGGGCCCAAACCCAGUAUCCCCCCUGGCACCCCUGAUGAUGAGAAGGUGGACACCUCCAACAGGAAGAAGGGUGCCCUCUACAUGAUCUCCGAUGCCUCUGGCUCUAUGAAGUCGUCGGUGGUGGCCUCGUCCAGCCCCUUCAAACAGGCCAUGCUGACUGCCGAGGAGUGCUACAUCCUGGACAACGGAGUGGACAAGAACGUCUUCGUAUGGAAAGGACCCAAGGCCAAUGCAGCCGAGCGCAAAGCAGCCAUGUCAGCAGCCCAGCAGUUCAUCAAAGAGAAGGGCUACUCUGACAAGACACAGAUCCAGGUACUACCAGCAGGAGGUGAGACCACUCUGUUCAAGCAGUUCUUCAGUGACUGGAAGGACAAGGACCAGACCACGGGCCCCAGUAAGGCCUACACCAUCGGCCGCAUCGCCAAGGUGGAGCAAGUGCCUUUCGACGCCUCCACCCUCCACUCCAACAACAACAUGGCCGCCCAGCACAACAUGGUGGACGACGGCAAGGGCAAAGUCCAGAUCUGGCGUGUUGAGGAUGGUGAUAAGGUGGCUGUGGAUCCCUCCUCUUAUGGCCAGUUCUACGGAGGAGACUGUUACCUCAUCCUUUACAGCUACAGGCUGGGAGGCAGGGAGCAGCACAUCAUCUACACCUGGCAGGGGCUGAAGUGCACCCAGGAUGAGCUGGCAGCCUCUGCCUUCCUCACGGUGAAGCUGGAUGACUCUAUGGGAGGAGCCCCUGUUCAGGUGCGUGUGACCCAGGGCCAGGAACCCCCCCACCUGAUGAGCCUGUUCCAGGGCAAGCCCAUGAUGGUCCAUAAUGGAGGGACGUCCCGUAAAGGAGGACAGUCGGGUACUGGCAGCACCCGCCUCUUCCACAUUCGUCAAUCCUCCACCCGCGCUACACGAGCUGUAGAGGUAGAGCCCUCUGCCUCCUUCCUGAACACCAAUGACGUGUUUGUGCUCAAAUCUCCCACCGCCAUGUUUGUGUGGAGAGGGGUGGGUGCCAGUGAGGAGGAAAUGGCCGCCGCCAAGCACGUUGUGGGUUUCCUGGGUGGCAGUGGCAGUAAUGUGUCUGAGGGCAAGGAGCCAGCUGGGUUCUGGUCUGCCCUGGGAGGGAAGAAGGAGUACCAGACUUCCAAGAGUCUGCAGAACAUGGUCAAACCUCCACGCCUGUUUGGCUGCUCCAACAAGACCGGAUGCCUCAGUGUGGAAGAGGUUCCUGGAGACUUCCAACAGACUGACCUGGCCACUGAUGAUGUCAUGUUGCUGGACACCUGGGACCAGAUCUUCCUCUGGAUCGGCAAUGAAGCAAAUGCAGAAGAGAGAACUGGAGCACCCAAAAUAGCUAAGGACUAUGUGGACUCAGACCCCUCUGGACGCAGAGGACUGUCCAUCACCACCAUCAAACAAGGGGCUGAACCCCCAACCUUCACUGGCUGGUUCCAGGCGUGGGACCCCAAAAUGUGGGAAACAGACCCUCUGAAGAUAAUCCAUGCCCGCUUCUAAAUGCCAAACUCCACCCCCUUACCUAUCUGGCACUUACACAUGUCAUUCCCCCGCCCUGCUCUUUGGAUCAGAGUACCAGUAUAACACCCUGGACUGUUAUUUUAAUUAGACUUGUUUUUAUGCCAUAGCGUUGUCUCUUUUAGACUCCUACGAAACAUUCACCUAGCAUGCCUUUUUUUAUCUGCUGUUGGAGCAGAGAAAAACCUUAUCUUUUGGAGCCUGUUUAUUCCAGUAGUCUAUUGAAUCCAACGGGUAUUUGGUUAUACUUUGUGAAGUCAUGAUAUGUGAUUACCAUUGAGACUUAGGUCUCAUUUGAAAGCAUGCUGCAUUUUAACUCUCUGCCGGAGAAAUAUGUCUGCUCUUCUUCUUUUUUUACAUUACUUUCGAUGAUUCUGAAAUGGUAUUAUGGAUGGCUUUUUCAAUAAAUUCCUAGUAUUUGUAGAGGAA